CAGAUAUAGUGAAUGCGGGGUCCGGGGAGAGCGGAUAUAGUGAAUGCGGGGUUCGGGGAGACCGGAUAUAGUGAAUGCAAGGUCCGGGGAGACCGGAUAUAGUGAAUGCAGGGGUCCAGGGAGACCGGAUAUAGUGAAUGCAGGGUCCAGGGAGACCGGAUAUAGUGAAUGCAGGGUCCGGGGAGAGCGGAUAUAGUGAAUGCAGGGUCCGGGGAGACCGGAUAUAGUGAAUGCAGGGUCCGGAGAGUCCGGAUAUAGUGAAUGCAGGGUCCAGGGAGACCCGAUAUAGUGAAUGCAGGGUCC